CCCAAAGUUGGGACAAAACUAGAAAAUUUUCAUGUUUGACCCAACAAUGGGUUAAAGCAAUUCGGUAACCCAAGCAUAGGUUCAAUUACAACUCGACGUGUUGGGUUUAUUCCUUUUUGACCCAAUGCUAGGUUGUGCACGUGACAACGUCAAAUUCGUAAAAUCUACUUUUUUAAAUACCAAAUCCCAUUUCUAUGAAUGCUGUUGCCAUUUAUGUUAAAAUGUUGUCAUGUCUCAAGUUAACAAAGUAAGAAUUGAGUUUGCCACAAUUAUAUAAUCUGCCUUUAAAACAAAAAUUUGGUGUCUAUGAUAUUUCUUUAAGACAUGUUUCUAUAAUAAAACAAUCCUAUGUUGAUUGUCUUCCACCCGACUACUUUAUAAGCAGGGCUUUAAAUAGGUUGCCAAGUUGUACCUGUAAGUGUCCAUUUUUGGUGCUGAUAGAUGUGUAAAGAUAUCAAGAUGGGCGUUUUUGUAGCCUGGACAAGUGUAAGGUUUCUUGUGCUUGUAAGUUUCAUUUAUAAUUCAGGCUGCAGUUGUUUCUUCGGUGUGUAUAAGCUGAAACUUCAACCUUUGCCGGACCUCCUUGAAUCCUCCUGUUGCUGGAUUUUGCUGUAAGCUAUUAGAGCCGGCCGGAAAAUACGCGCGGCAUGGGGGAGGUUGUGAGACGGCGCCCCAUUAUUGCUGGCAGAGAAAGGGGUCCCGGGCCUGGGCGCUAUGCUCUUCCCCCCACUAUCGGUUACAUAAACCAUGACUACACCAAACCAAGCAGCCCGGCCUAUUCCUUCCACAGCCGCAUGAGCAGCAACAUGGUGUCUGUUGACUCCAGUCCGGGUCCUCAGUAUCACAUAGAUGCCAAAGUGACACGCUUUGGAAGAGAUGGUACUCCGUCGUACUCCAUGCUUGGAAGAAAUAAGACGGCAGGUGAAACAUUUCAGACUCCUGGACCAGGAGCUUACAGCCCUGAGAAAGCUCCACCUUUAAACUUGCACACCAGACCUCCAUCUUACACCAUGGCGUUUCGUACACGCUACCGCACUGUGGAUGCUGUACCUGGCCCCAACCGCUACACCUUGCCCAAUCUCAUUGGCUCCCACGUUCCCCACAAACCGUCUAGUGCCAGCUUCACGAUGUCAUCACGCAGGAAAACAGGAGGACCAUCAGAAGACCUGUCCAUGACCCCAGGACCUGGCCGGUACAACAGCACAGACCCUAGUGUUUUUCUGAACAGACAGCCAUCAUUCUCCAUACAAAGCCGUCCUUAUAUUCCUACCGAUGCCACUCGGAAGCCCGGCCCAGGAACACACAGCCCGGAGAAGGUGAUGACACACCUGCCACGUGCACCAUCUUUCUCCCUUGGUAUUCGUCACUCAGAGUUUGUGACACCACUGAUUGUUCAUGUUUCAGACUGAAAAACCUCAUUCAGUAUUUUGCAGACAUUCUCACAAAAUUCAAGAGUUGGAUGUGUACAUGUAAGUAAAAUAUGUUUAAAAGGUCAAAUGGCAGGUGAAGUCACAGUCUUCAUUACUUUAUAUGUGGUCUUAUGUAUUAAGAAACUUCCCAAAAACUCUUGAUUCCCAAAAU